AUGGGCAGGCAACCCGGACCACCCGCCCAGCCAAAGAGCUGCGGUGCUCACAGAACUACAAAGGUUUCGCGCGACCCCAGUCGUGAGCUCUCAAAUUUCUGCUAUUUGACGGUAGCGGCUGCGGUGUCGUGGUCGUGCAGCAAUUCCCCAAGCGGAGUCCUUGUCGGCGGUAGCUUGCAAAGCUACGUUAAUCGGCAUCGCUGGCAGGAUCAUCCUGCGCACAGAAUCGAAGACGUGACGCAUACCACAAAUCUUGAUACGAAUCUGUACCCACAGUGUGCAGUGCAACCUCUUCCAGGCUGCGGUAAACCAGGUCCGGUUGGGCGCUACGGGGCGAUGCGACCCCUGACCCUCGGUGUAUAA